AUGACAGAUCUGUUCUGCUACACCGACGACAACGGCAUCCCCCAGAAUGUCAAGCCCGGCCGCUUCUUCACCAUGAACGCCAUCGGCACAAAAGGCUGCGGCGAGUGGUCCGUCUACGCGCGCCGCAGCACCCUCGUCGCCGUCAAGCACAUUGACGACACGGUUGACUCGUCCGUGCUCUUGAGGGACAUCGCCACUGCCAUCGACGGCGGCGAGAAUGCCACUCCCGAGCAGCAACAGAAGGCCCUGGUCGGCCGCGAAACCUACGGAGGCGCCUUCGCGGCGCAGGCCAACUUGAUGAAUCUCGCCUAA